AGUUGGUCUGGUGUUCUAUGGUGUCCCUGCAUCCUUAGUGUCCAUCACGAUCAAAACAGUGUCCCAUCAGCGCUGAGUGCCUGCGCUCUUCAGCAUGAACAGAAAGAGAAACCACUGCUAUUUGGAAACAGGGCCGUCCUCGGAGUCCCAGGUCGCAUUUAUGGACAACGCAGGGUCCUUCAGCCGAGACGAGGAGGAUUUCUCCGAGCUCGAGCCAGACGAGCAGCUGGUGUGCUCGGUGACCGAGAUUACGGAGCACCUGGGCAGGAACAUCACGGUGGUGCUGGAGUCCGCGCUGUCCGAGAUACGCAAGCUGGUCAGCGUCCGGAUCCGAGUCCUGAAGAUGGAGCUCCGCGAGAAAACCGACGAGAUCGAGCUGCUGAAAGCCAAGCUGGAGUCGACGGAGAAAGAUGGGAGGGUUUCCAACUCCAGCAGCCUGGACUUUAGGAAAGCAGAGCAUCAGUCGGGCCAGAAAUACAUCGCCGACUCGAAAAAAGCCAAACCUGGGACGCCCGUGGUGAAGAAGGAGAACAUCAAUGCGAUCUGCGACUAUCUGAUGAAGGACAAGAACCAGCGGGGUGCUGCUGAAGUGGAAAGCGACCACAGCAAUCAGGCCUUUGGGUCCGAGCGGGACAUGCGGACCGAACCGCAGCCGCACGGGUCUCUGAGCCUGUGGUCGGACAGCGGUCCCGCGGACACGGACGCUGACACGGACAUCUUCAGCAUGCUGCCGUCCGCCAGCAAGCGCAUGUAUGACUAUGAGUGGAUGGCAGGAGUUGAGCUCAACUCAGCUGAGUUUAAAGGAGAUACUGAAACAAAAUGUGAAGAUAUUCCCACUGUGGAUGAGGAGGAUGAAACGGAAGACUCUGAAGGAGGAAGAGGAAGUCUGAGGUCAGUGUCUGACCAUUUUCCUCUUGACGCUCAGGGCUCCCCGCGGGAAGACAGGAGCAGCCCGGCCGAGGACAGUGUGGACAGAAUGGAGUCAGGUCAGCAGUUCUCCUCUCACACGUUCAUCUGCCCCUUCUGUGGAACUCUUUGCCCUGACUCCUCAUUCCUGGAGGAGCACAUCAAGCUCAUGCAUCAUGAUGAAAGCACUCUGCACUCGGCCCCGAGCGGUUCUUCCUCUCGUGGGGAGGGCGACUCAAGCGAGGCAGGGCGAGCUCUGGGAGGCUCAGAAAGACCUGUUGGCCGGGGCGCACGGGAGAAGAAAGUGGAGGGCGGCUAUGAGUGCGGCGACUGUGGGCGUCAUUUCAACUAUCUGGGCAACUUGCGGCAGCACCAGCGCAUCCACACCGGCGAGAAACCCUUCGUCUGCCCCGAGUGCGGAGAGCGUUUCCGGCACGCCGCUCGUCUCAAGAGCCACCGCCUGAGCCACAGCGGAGCCCAGAGCCCCUUCCCCUGCCCGCAGUGCGGUAAGGGCUUCCCAGUGCUGUCCGGACUGAAAAGGCACCAGCGUGUGCAUACGGGAGAGAGUCCGUACGCUUGUCCCCAAUGCGGCCGCAGGUUUAAAGAGCUGGGGAACUUAUACACACACAUGCGCAUUCACAGCGGUGCUACACCCUAUUCUUGCUACCAGUGUGGGCGGAGCUUCAGGCAUCUUGGCACGUAUAAGAGUCAUCGCUGUAUGCCUGCUACUCAGUUAGCCAGUGGCCACAGUCCAGCAUGGGCACAGGAAGACAAGGUGCAAACGGGGUAACUGCCAGGUGACAGAUAUGUGCAAAAAGUGGUUUGUUACUUCCUCGACUGCUGGUUCAGGAUCCUAGAAAAAAAACUCGGCUGAAGAGAGAUGUGAGGUCAUUAUGACAAUAAACAACAUCAGGUUUCAUAUAUAUGAAGCUGUAAGAAUUAGCGCAUCUUUCUCGUUCAAGUUAGUUAACUUGCUGCUCGUUAAUGUUUGUUUUUGAAACAUUUUGCAAUAAUAUCUUCUAGCGUCAAACAUAAAAAGUGUUUGAGUGUCCAUACACAGUAUUUCAAGACUUCACUAAAGUCACUAAAGUGUCACUAAAGUGUGUUUUAUUGUUCUUUUUUUAAAAUUCUGACUUUUUGUGAAAACAUUCUGACUCUGUUUAGAAGCAGAUGACAAGGCCAUAUUAACUGAGUGAAAUAUGCCUUACAAAAACGUUUAAGUUAAAUAAUUAUACAUUAAUAAUGAUUCAACUUGACAUUCCCUCUUCCACCCUUACAAAAAGCACCAUGGUGUGAGAUUGUAAUACAAAGUUACUAUUGUUUUGAAUAAUUACCAUAUUCAUAUAACAUAUGUACACUGCCAUUUAAAAGUUUGGGGUAUUGUUUUUUUUUUUUUCUUUAAUGUUUUUGUCUCUUAUACUUAUUUAUUUGCUAAAAAAUAGUUUAAACAGCAAUAUUGUGAAAUAUUGUUACAAUUUAAAAUAACACUUCUUUUUGAACACAUUUUAAAAUAUAAUUUAUUCAUGAAACAUCAGUUUUACUUCAGUCUUCAGUGUCACAUGACCCUUCAAAAAUCAUUCAAAUAUCAUUUGAUGCUCAAGAAACAUUUCAUAUUAACAAUUCUGAAAACAGUUGUGCUGCUUAUUAUUUUUCUAAAAACGGUAAUCAUUUUAUUUCAGGAUUCUUUAGUUAAUUUGUUUUUUAAUUCUUGAUUUUAUGUUUUUUUAUUAAUUUUCAACUCGAUCCAUUCUUGCUAAAUUAAAUCUUUUGCCGAAACUUCCGGUUUAUUAGCCGAUACAGGGAAAUGAUGAGAACAAUAACAAAAACAGUUUGCAGUAAAGGGUAACUGUUUGCACUACAAACCAGUGUGUUCAUAAUUAAGAUAAUACAUUAAAAUAAUAUGGUAAGUCAAUUUGCAAUAUCAUGCAGCAAAAUUCGCUGUUUUGAACAACUAAAUAUAGCUGGACGGAAUGGGACCGGAAGCUACACUUACAAGAAGAAAAAUGUGGAUUCUUUAAAAAACGCUUGAUUGUGUACAAACAUGGUACGUCAAAUAAUACCAUGGUGUGUCAAAAUCCAAAUCCAAUCACUAGUAUCCAGUAAUCAAGUCUGAUCAUAAAUGCGUAUGACGAUGUAUACGAUUAAACAAGAAAUAUUAUUUUAUAUAUUUACAAGUUACAUGCUAAUUGCUAACUGUUAUUAGGGUUGGCCAGGAUAAAACUAACUUAACCAUUUUUUUUUAAAUAUAACUUAAAGUUGGUUCAGCAGCUCAAAAUCAUGAUGUUGAAAAAACAACACAGGUAGUUUAAAAUGCAUUGCAGUGUCAUUUUGACAAGACAUUACAAACCUGUAGUCACGUUUUGAGCGUUUGAGUGCUGCCAUCGUGUGGAUACCUUCUGUUAUUGCAUCACUGCGACCGUCAGUGUUUCUGUAUGUUUUCAAUUAUGUGAUCGCACUAUUAACACCUUUUUUAUUUAUAUUAGUGAAUUGUUUAUAUAUGUCUACCUGUAUUUGAACAACUUAUAAGUUUGGGAAAAUAUACCUGAAUGGAAAUACGUGUAAUUCUGAAAUGAAUCCAUUAGAUUUAUUUUAAGACUUUUCCAUAGCGGUGAUCUCAGAAUAUCCUGAACAUUACCGAUUAAAUAGCACAAAAAGGUACAACUUGUCAUUUUUCUCAGUGAUAACUUUGAAUGAAUGAUCUGUACAAGACAAACUGAACUGUAACUAAUAAAUACUCUUAAGCUAUGGUUCCAGUUUAUGUAUUUGUAAGCGGUUGUUGACAUCUUGACAUGCUAUUGAAGCACAUUAAAAAAAAAUAACACUUGUGUAUGAAGUGAUGUGUUUGAUUUUUAACCUGCUUUGAAAUUGCUAUGGACCCUAACAGCGAUGGAGUGCUUUUGACAGGUUGAAUGCUGUCGCAGUCAUUUGUCUUGUAAAUGUCUCUCAGAUAUGCAUGAGAAAAAAAACGUCGUGACAUUUAAGAGAGGAGAACAUAUAUGUCAGGAGAGACUGAGACAAAGAACAACAUCCAGCCAUAGGAACUAUUUUUUGUUAUUAGAGGGUGACAAGUCUCCGUCAGUAAUCACGACGCCUUAUUGACACACUGCCAGCUGAACUUGUCAUUUCUCCAGGAGAUUGCAGGGCUGUGUGUGACUGGAAGACUAUUUUCCAGCAAAACACUUUGAGGAAAAGCAACAAGUUCUUACACAGAGACUACAAACGACGACUACAAAGUGAAUUGUUGAUGAAAUGUAAGUAAUAUGUAUUAGUACU